CAGGUCCACUGUAUUGACAUUUCUUUUUAUUCCAGUUUGGACCGUGACCAGCCGUUCACUUUCCGAAUGGGCGUGGGCCAAGUGAUCCGCGGUUGGGACGAAGGCCUACUAGACAUGUGCGUGGGCGAGAAGCGUAAACUGACCAUUCCCCCUGAACUGGGCUACGGUGACAGGGGCGCCGGAAACGUCAUUCCCGGCAAGGCCACCUUGAUCUUCGAAGUGGAGUUGAUCAACAUCGGCGAUGCCAAGCCGGAUACCACGAAUGUUUUCAAGGAGAUCGACGCCGACAAGGACAACCAGCUGAGCAGGGAGGAAGUAAGGGGCUUUGUGAGCGAGUACCUGAAGAAGCAAAUCGUCGCCGCCGAAGGUGAACAUCCCAGCGAAGAAAUUAAGAACAUGAUGGCCGAGAACGACAAGUUGGUGGAAGAGAUCUUCCAACAUGAAGACAAAGACAAGAACGGAUUCAUCUCCCACGAUGAAUUCUCGGGACCUAAACACGACGAAUUAUAAGGAAAACGUCGACUGAAGAUUUACCAAUCAGCAGAGUUAUAGAAAGAUGCUUAAUACACAACUGCAUACAAUGCUGGCCAUAACCGUUUCCUUGAUCGAUCUCAAUGAGUCCGAGAGAGAGAGAGAGAGUGCGCCAAACAAUUGUAGUCAUCUUGUUGCCUGGCAAAUUGUGGAAUGCUGUUGGCGCACUUUCUUGCACAAUUAUCUCUCUCACACACAUUGAAAUCGACCAGUGUUGUAUAUAGAUCUUUUAUGACAUUUUAUCUAGGUAUUUAGGUAGUUUUUACAAGUCAACAUUUUUUUGUUGCGUUUCAGUUUAUUAGGUUGAAUUAAAUUACCACAGGAACAAACUGAAACAGUUGAGGGCAGCCCUAGAGAAUUACUUGAGUUCACACUCUUCCUUCAAAAUAAUGCAAACUCUGCGCUUUCCAUAACUUUGCUGAUAUAAUUUUAUGUUUCCAUCUCAACCCCAUUCCUUUUUUUUAGUAUGCGUAGGUAGAAAAUAAAUUAUGAAAUUAAUAUUUUUUUCAUAGGUUGUGACAGGUCAAUCAGUUACACAGUAAAAUUCCUUGGAACUGCCGUUUCACGUACUCUCACUCGAUCAGAAAAUUUCUAUUUUGAGAUUCAUUUGAAGUGCCAGUACUUCAUAUUACUUAAUACUUCCAUAUUUUAUUGGCAUUUGGUUCAAAAUUGAAACCUCGACAUUGCAGAUAUUGGUACAUAAUGUCAUUUGGAGAAACAUUGGUGAUACUAAAACUUUUAGUAUUGAGUAAUAUAUCGUAAAAUUUCAAAAUAUAUUUCUGUAAAAAUAAAUUUUGGUGGAUUGCCAGUUUCAUUGAAUAUCCUAAGAAUCUUUUUUUAGAGAUUCUGCCACAAUCAUCCAAUACAUUCCAUAAGGCUAUAAUACUAUUUUGAAAAAUGAUUUUGGGAGCGUCAAUGGGAAUUCCUGCCUUUAGAAUCUCUUCAAAAUCGAUUUAGAAAAUGGUCUACGGCCACGCAAAUAUUUAAUUUCAAUUACAUUCCUAAUUUAUAUCUCCUACAUAUCAUUGUUGUCUUUUAUUUGGAAUUUAUCAACAUUGUUAUAUAGUAGGUAAAUAAAGUUUUUAUACUUAUAUUUCGCUCAUAAUUUGUACAAACAUUUUAUAAGAGUGAGUUUUACAAAUAAAUAAGACACGUUAAUAUAACAAA